GGGCUGGGCAGGGGUGUUUUUCUUCAGCAGCAUCCUUUUUAACAUCUCGUGACAUCGCUUCCUUUCUGAGAGCUGCACAGGUCGGAGGAGACGCUGCGUUCAUCGGGAUGAUGAAAGCGGCUAGCGUGAGGUGUGUUUGUGUUGUCUGACUGCUUUCACCAAAUGAAAUAUUAGCUACUGUACCUGUGCGGAGAAGGAAAACUGUGGACGCCGCCCAGAGAAAAUGGCCUUUUUUAACGUGGUGAGGAUAGUUAUGCUGUUUUAUCUUUGACCAAAAUGUCUAAGACCAAAUAUUGCGAGGCUGUCAGGGUGGUGGUCCGCUGCCGGCCAUUCAGCAGGAAAGAGGAGGCAACGGAGUGUGAAAGCAUUUUGGAGAUUGACGACAAACUGGGGCAGAUCACCAUCAAGAACCCGAAGGCACCACCUGAUGAUCCAAUGAAAGUAUUCACGUUUGACUCUGUGUACGGCUGGGAUUCAAAACAAAGAGACAUUUAUGACGAUGCGGUGAGACCUCUGGUGGAGUCCGUGCUCCAAGGCUUCAACGUGACGAUAUUUGCCUAUGGACAAACUGGGACAGGUAAAACACACACCAUGCAGGGGAUUUCAAACGACCCAGAGAUGAGAGGGGUCAUACCAAAUUCAUUCCAUCACAUUUUUACACAAAUAUCCAGAACUCAGAAUCAGAAAUACCUGGUGAGGUCGUCAUACCUUGAGAUAUACCAGGAAGAAAUCAGAGAUCUGAUGUGCAAGGACAACAACAAGAAACUGGAGCUGAAAGAAAAUCCUGACUUUGGUGUUUAUGUGAAAGGCCUGUCUUCAGUGGUCACAAAGAAUGCCACUGAGAUUGAACAUGUGAUGAACAUAGGCAACCAGUCCAGGUCUGUGGGGUUCACCAACAUGAAUGAACGCAGCUCUCGGUCUCAUGCGAUUUUUGUCGUAACAGUGGAGUGUAGUGAGGUAGGGCCAGAUGGCGAGGACCACAUCCGUGUUGGGAAGCUGAACAUGGUUGACCUGGCUGGUAGCGAGCGUCAGAGCAAGACAGGUGCUAAAGGGAAGCGGCUGAAGGAAGCGGCCAAAAUCAACCUGUCCCUGUCAGCGCUGGGGAAUGUCAUUUCAGCUCUGGUGGAUAAGAAGAGCACCCACGUCCCGUACAGAGACUCCAAACUGACCCGCUUGCUCCAGGACUCACUGGGUGGCAACGCAAAAACAGUCAUGAUAGCAACAGUGGGGCCGUCGCACAAGAACUUUGAGGAAUCCCUGGCCACGUUGAGGUACGCCAACAGGGCCAAGAACAUAAAGAACAAACCUCGGAUUAACGAGGACCCUAAAGAUGCCCUGCUGAAGGAGUUUCAGGAAGAGAUUGCACGCUUGAAAGCCCAAUUGGAGGAGCGGGGGAUGCUCGCAAAGGAGAGGAGGAGGAGAAGGAAUAGCAAAAGAUUGAGUAAAAGUCUGGCUGGUUUGGAAGAGGAGAUGCUCAGAGAGAGGGAUGCAGAUGUGUGGAAGGCUGUUGAGGAACCAGAGGUGAAACACUGCAUGAAAGAGGGAAGUGCCAUCCCCAAGGCUCUUGGGGGCAGCGAGAAGUUAAAGCACGUGAAUGACAACAGAAAAAGCAUUGAGGACAUGCAGUGGGAUCAAGAUGCCCUGGAGAGGAUCAUUGAGAAAUAUAAGGCUAUGGAGAGCAAACUGUUAGUUGGAGGAAAGACUAUAAUUGAUCACACCAAUGAACAGCAAAAAAUGCUGGAGCUGAAGAGGCAAGAAAUUGCAGAACAGAUAAGACGAGAGAGAGAGAUCCAGCAGCAGAUGAUGCUGCAGGACGAGGAGACCUUAGAAAUGAUAGAGACAUUCUCCUCCCUGCAGCAGGAGGUGGAACUUAAGACAAAGAAGCUGAAGAGGUUGUAUGCCAAACUACAGUUGGUGAAGGCAGAGGUGAGAGAUGUCAUUGAUGAACAUGUCACAACCAGACAGGAGCUUGAACAGACACAGACUGAACUCACAAGAGAACUCAAGUACAAAUAUCUCUUGAUUGAGAAUUUUAUACCUCCAGAGGAAAAGAACAAGAUUAUGAACCGGCUGCACUUUGACAGCGAGGAGGAUCAGUGGAGACUCCAACCAGUCCUGCCAUCAGAGAGGGCACCCACUCAGGUCAAGAGAAGGCCUCUCUCAGCUGUGGGAUACAAGAGGCCAAUCAGCCAAUAUGCACAGAUGGCAGUUGCCACGGCAACUGGGGCCCCAUGUAGAUACCAGGCUGAGAAUAUAAUGCUGUUGGAGUUAGACAUGUCUCCACCAACCAUGUUCACCCUGAACCUUAAUGGCACUCACCUGGAGAGGGCCUUUUCUCCCAGGCUGAUGCGGGACCUCCUGGUAAAUGUUCCCAUGAGAGAGAGGACCACUGCAUCGCCACGGGUCAGGAAAUCCCAGUCCUGGUAUCAAGCACCGCAAGCAGCAUCUGUCACAUCAUCCUCAUCAUCCACAACUCUGACAUCAGAAUCUCAGAGCUUCUCUCCUUCUCAGAGACAAAGACCAUCCUCUGCAGCCUAUCUUCCCCUGGGAGGUCCAGUUCAGACAAGCCCCUGACAUGUGUCAACACAACUGUACACAGGGCUGGCUUUAAGGUGGCACAAAGGAGACAUGGAGGAAAUCUUCUGCCUUGAUUUAAAAUUUAUUUCACACCUUUUUUUUUGAGGAAUAAAUCUCUUUACUAAGCAUGCAUUCAACUUAACCGAAAAGACAAACAUCAUCUUUGCCUACUGUUGCCUAGUUUCUUGUGGCUUAUGCCAGUCUCAAUUAAUAGCACAGCCAAAACGUAAUAUUGUAAAACCAGGUUUGACAUACUGUAAAUAGUGCGGAGGAUCUUUACAGUUCAUAUUUUUAAUUUAUUUCAAUUUAAUUUAACUUUUUUUUACAGCAACACUUUAAUCACAUAUUUUCUAAAAGAUAAAAGUCUGUAAAAUGUAUCUGGUCUUUGCCAAAGGGUGGUAGGGGAAUUGAGGGCCCAAACUAAUUGGGGCCACCCUGGUUUAGCCUGUAAGCUUAAUGAAUUGUUGCUUCGAUUUCUAGCUAAUGUAAUUGUGAGCCAAAAAUGUGAAGAAAGCUUGCAACAUUCUCUCUUGAUUAGCUGCCUUAUUUUUUUCACAAUUGCGAAAUCGUGGAAAAUCCAUUUGCUUACACAUGAAAAUAAACACACUGAAAUGAU